AUGCAGCUGAUAUUGAAAAUUGGAACUAAAAUUGGUAGCCGUGCAGGAUUAUCAAUAGAUGAGUUUUAAAAUGUUAAAAAAUAAUUCAUAGAGUGUCUUAAAUAACACAAAUUCCUUGGUAAUGACAGAUGGUUAUUUUUUCUAUUAUAUAUCAACGAUAACAUUAAAAAGUUAAAGGAAAUUUACAAAAAAGAAGAAUUAAUCUAAGGAUUAGAAGAAUGUUCAUCUUAAUAUUAAUUGGUUAGUGCAUUUCCAAAUAUUGGUUAAGGAUCAUAAGUUAAAAGAUCAAAUUAAGUAUGAUCAAUCCAUAUAAAAUUGAAAUUGUAUCUUGUGUGAGAAACCGCAAAUUUUUAGAUUCUGUAUCUUUAAUUGAGAACCAAUAACAUGAAUUAAGGUUUUCUAUUGAAAAUAGAGUAGAGAAAGUCGUAAAUUGUAUUCUUCCAUUGCAUACACAAAGAGAUGAAGAUCUUAAACCAUUUUUCAGAUCGAAACUAUUUCACACAAUUGUGUUUUGAACAUUCUUAUGCAGCUAUCUUAGAAGAGAUAACCACAAUUUGA